AUGUCUUUCCAAAUACUUAUCAUGGAAUGUUCUUACAACUGUCAGGCUACAUCUGCACUGAAGUUAAACAUCUGUGUUCUUGGCAUUAUGGAGUCUGACAAUCUGUGGUGGGAUGCUUUUGCUACAGAGUUCUUUGAAGACGACGCCACUCUGACGCUCACCUUCUGCCUUGAGGAUGGCCCUAAGAGAUACACUAUUGGAAGGACCCUGAUUCCUCGUUACUUUAGAAGUAUUUUUGAAGGUGGUGUAACAGAGCUCUACUAUUCCCUUAAACACCCAAAAGAAUCGUUCCACAACACGUCAAUAACUCUAGAUUGUGACCAGUGUACUAUGGUCACUCACCAUGGAAAACCUAUGUACACUAAGGUCUGUACAGAUGGUAGACUCAUUUUAGAGUUCACAUUUGAUGACCUAAUGCGCAUCAAGUCGUGGCAUUUUGCCGUCCGUGCCCACCGUGAGCUUAUCCCACGGUCUGUGGUGGCCAUGCACACGCAGCAGGACCCUGGCAUGGUGGAGACACUUGGCAAGAACAUCACACGGCAGGGCAUCACCAACCACACCCUAAACUACCUCAGGUUAUGUGUGAUUUUGGAGCCCAUGCAGGAGCUCAUGUCACGGCACAAAGCAUACGCACUUUCCCCUCGAGACUGCCUCAAGACCACUUUGUUCCAAAAAUGGCAACGAAUGGUUGCACCACCAGGUGCAGCUAAUCAAGCAAAUGGUAAAAAUGGUGCCGAUGGAGAAACUCAGCGUGCGCCAAACAAAAGGCGGAAGCGGAAAGGCUCUCAGUCAGGUCAGAAUGCGACUGCAAACUCCACAGGCUCAGGGAAGAAAAGAUCCCCAGGACCGAACUUCAGCCUUGCCACCCAAGUCUCCUGACCAGGCUGAUCAUUUCCCAUGAGGUGAAGCUGAUCUCCUCUCUAGGUAGUAUUGCCUCUCUGGUUGCUUAGUUAGUCUAUAGUCCUAGGUUAAGCCAGAUAAACCUUGGCUACUGCCCGGCAACCAUCAGAAC